GCAAUCGAUCGACGCUAUCGCUAGAUAUCGCAAGGAAGGAAUGCUGCAAACUUUUUAGGAUGAAACUCUUAAUGACUGCAGUUAUGGAAUAUAAAUGAAUAUAAGAUUUAAAAUUGAUUCGGUGUAUAAAAAAUGAUCUGGAUAAUCAAAGAUGCCUAUCACAAAGAUUCCUAUAAUUCACAAAUUUGGCAUCAUUUCCCAGAGUCAAAGAGAUGAACUGCAAGAACGAUUGCUACAACAGAGUGUCUACCAAGUCUCUAAAACUUCUCAUAUUCCACAGACAACAAGAAAUCCAUUAGAGCUUACAGAAUCAUUCAUCCAACAGUUUAAUAACACAUCAAACCUUGAAGAAAAAGACAAAAAUGAAGACAUUGCUCUUAAAUUACUCACAAGAAUAAAGAGAAGAGCCGGUCUGAAAGAUGGUGGAAGAGGAAGUCAUGUUGACAUCCCAAGGGCAUGGUCAGAGCUGUCCAUGUUGGCACAGUGCAGAGGGAAGGUGCAGGAGGAAUGCCUCGAUGCACUGAUUGUUUCUUUGAGACAAGCAGAGUUUUCUGUAGACCAUAUACCAAGCCUUUUCUACCUAGCUGAGACCACUUUGUACUGGCUGAGAACAGAUGCCAUGGAUCAGCCAUUCCUUAGGAUAGGAGAAAUCAAACUGCUCAAGAUGGGUCAGGCAGUGUUCUUGAGAUUGUUUUAUCAUCAUAUGGCAGGCCAUCUGCAGGGAAGAUCAGAGUUUAAGUCUAGACUGCUCACAUACUUAUCAGCUAUCACACAGGGGUUUGCAGAGAAUGAAGAGGCCUAUAGUCCCUACCCAGGCGCACAUCUUUGUUUGAGACUAAUAGCAUCAAUUGGCAAAAUGAUUGUAGGUGAGGUAAUGAUGGAUGAACUCAAGAAACAUCCUGAAGAACUCAGGAGAGAUCUUUCUGAUGUCCAAGAACACCCAAAGGAUGAUCUUCCAGAAACAGAAGUAAAAAAGGCCUAUGCCCCAUCCAGCCCACCCAACUCCAUCACCCACCCUGAUGUCCCUAGGAGCACCCCAGUGAGACACUCUCAAAAGAAUCCACCCCUACCCCAACCAAUCAGCCAACCAAACACACGUCCAAACACCAAUCACCGAUCCAGACCCAACACCCAGCCUACUCCAGCCCCACAACAAGCCCCCCAUAGGCCAGAUACCUACACUAGUAGUAUCCAUGACCUAAGCCCAAGUCUCUGGCAUGCGUUAGAUGUGUGGCGGUGUACAGUUCAUCUCAGCUCAGGGUUUCCUGAAGCGGUCAAAGCUUUGUCAUUAUGUGGGACUACACUAGGCUCAGAGCAUUGGGUGGAUGCAGUGUGUGCCCUCUUCAUCAUCUCAGAAGCUGCCAAAGGCAACAUGAAAGUGAUGAAAACCCUUCAAAACCUAGCCAAAGGAAUGGUCUCUGGAGCCUCUGCUCCUAGAGAUCCUACACCACAUAGGACACCAGGUAGCAGAGCCAGCCAGACAGAACGUUUUGAUGAUCUUGGGGACGACAUCGACCUGGGUGGUUUAGGUGAUUCAGAAGGAUCAGAAGACGGCAGUAAUAUCAGCUCAAAAGGGAGUUUUAGUGACAAUCAAUCAGUUGAGAUCAGACUGACAGAGAUGCUGGACUCAAAGAUGGAGCUACGCAGCGACUCCAAGUCAAAGAAAUUCAGUCUAGAUUCAGACAUGUCUUUAGGAAUGAAGCAACCUAGUAAUCUUAGCAGCAACUCACUUCUUAAGUCAACAAGUCUUAGGAAUACCUCAGUGGCUGUUAACAUUGAUAGUCCACAGGACAAGAGAGCAGCCUCUUUGAGUGAUAGAAGCACAGCCCUGAAAGGAUCUGGGAGUAGUAUAGUGAGUGUCCCUGAUAUCAGCAGCAGAGAAAGCCAAUUGGAUUCUGCUGGAGCCCUUCUAGGAAACCAUGCUUACUCCCAGUCCCCUGUCAUGGAGGAAGAUGAGGAUGUAGACAGCGAUCUCAUGCCUGGUGAUGAGAGCGAGGUGGAGAUACGACGGGUGGAUGUCACCAAACCAUUCGAUGGAACCACCUCACCAGUCUUGCAGAAUUAUGUCUCUGGAGGCUUGAGGAUGAGGAGAGAGGUUAGCUUUGAUAUUGACAUCAUUGGGGAGGAGUCUGUGGAUGCUGAGAAGACUAUACAUGGUCAGAAAAAGGGACUGCACCAGCAACAAAUGAAGAGUGAGAAGUUCCCUGGGAUUGGAGCUAGCAAGGUAUCCAAGCAAACAGGAGAGAAAUACCAGGGAAAGGUGACACCACUUACAAGAAGGCUCCAGGCUAAUAUGAUAUCUGACCUUGAUGGCAUCAAUGGCUGGCCCUGGGAGGUGGCCUUUGCCUACACUGACCUCAUGAGUCAUUUAUGUCUCCAUGGCAACACAUCAAACAUUCAGAAAAGAGCAUUGGUUGGAGACCGUAAGCCUGACUAUAGGAGUGCCCCUACUGUGACAUCUCAGAAACUCAAUGGACUAGAGAGCGCAGGUCUGCUAGACAUGGCUGAGUAUGAGAAUCCACCUGAGGAUGAUUUGGGUCUUACUGAAGACUGGUCAUGGAGAGUGCGCUAUGCGGCAAUCCUAGCACUGGUCAAACUUAGCCGCUGUCUGGAAGGUGAUACCAAUAGAGAAGGGUUGCGCACCACAGCCUGGAACUUCCUGAUGAUAAGACACAGUAAAGAGAGGGAUGACAGGGUCAUGGAAGCUUUCAGAGUUGGCCAGGUUGAUGCCCACCUUGAGAAAGAAAUGCAGAAAUGUCCCAGUAAACACAGCCUGAAUGGUCGCCUAGCUGCUGGCCUAGCCUCCACCUACCUACCACCCCUGGCUCCUGUAGUUCAACAACCCAAGAAACCACAACUGAAGAAAGUAGAGCUGCCCAAACCAAUGGAACCAAUCAGGAAAGGACCAAAUAGGCUCUCACUCAGACAAGAGCUUCAGGUGGCCACAGCACUGCAGGACCAACAACCACAAGUAGGGCUCUAUUCUAGGACCAACAUGGACCUAAAAAGGAUUGUUGAAGAUCAGUGGAGGAAGGAGUUACAAGAGCAUUUAGAAGAUGAAGAGAAGGAGAAGAGGGAAUAUUUGGAAGAGCAACAAGCAAAUUUGGAAAUAAGGGAGAGAGAAGUGGCUGAAAUCAGGUCAAGCAAGUUUCUUAGCCCUACAACACCACCAUUGUAGCUAUAGAAGAGGAUUUUGCAAAUGCCUUCCAUAGUACCAUGUAUUAUAUUUGGUUUAAAAUGACAGCAUGUUCCUUGGUUUUAAAGCAUCACUAUUGUAAUGAUGAGAGCCUGAUUAUAUUUUUUGUUUAAAUCGUGAUAAUGAUCAUAAUCAAAGGAUUGGCUUAAUAAUAACGCUAUGAGGUUUUUAUUGGCUUGAGUUUACAAUGUAUGCUCAUUAAUUUGUGUAUUGUACGUGGUCAGUCAAAGCAGUUUUUCAGAUAAGUUUAUGCCAAGCAUGUGCUUAUUUACUUCUCCCAAGUCAAAUUCAACUAAAGUCAAACUUACUCUAGUUGUCCCAAUUGAUUGACUUGGGCAGACUUACCAAACUUUUUGAAACAGCUUGUACUGGAUGAGAGUUAAUUCAGCUCUAAACAAUUUCGGGAUUUUAUUUCAUUUUUUUCAAGACCUAAUGGUAAAGCUUUAUUUCUUCAGGAAUAGGAAAGAUGUGUACCAGAUAAAAAACAUGUUAAAAUGCAAAUUCUAAAUACAGGGAAAGUAUAUUCUUUUUCGAGUUGAAUUAUUUUAUCAUUUCUCUGCACUCCCCCCCCCCCCCCAGGUUGAACAAUGCAGGAAAUUAAUGACAUUAUAAUUUGACAAGGAUCCAUUUCAUCACCUUAUAAAAAAAAAUAGUGCACAUUACUUACUCAGGCAAUAGUAAAUGUUGAAUUUCUCUAACUUUGAAACAGUCCAAAAUAAGAUUGGCUUCACUCAGUGUAUUUCAGACUGUUCCUAAAUUAAGGCACAUAAUUCCUACUACUGCCUGUGGUCAUGUGCAUCAUUUUUAUUUCAAUCUAUAACAUCAGUAACCAUGUGAAAUUUACAAGAUGAAAAUUGUGAUGAUUCAUCCAAUUCUUGCCUAUUGCAAUACCACCAUCUUUGUUUCGUGUAAAAAAAACAGUUUCAAGGAUGUAGACCAUAGCAAAUAUUAUAUGCAAGUCAUAUGUUGAUGCUUUAAUGUUAUUUUGGAUGUAUCAGUGUACAUCAGGCACAUACGAAAAAGAUACUUUAAAGAGGAAGUUCACCCUGACAAUUAGUUGGUUUAAUAAAUGCAGAAAAGUUAGAGAAAAACGUUUGCUAAUAUUUGAUAAAAAUCCAAUCAAAGAAUAAUGGAAUUAUGAAUGUGUUAACCUUAUAUUUUGUGACAACAAUUUUGAGCAGCUCCUCGCCUCCUCCAUAUGCCAUUUGAUACAAACUUAUUUUUAAAAUAUCAUUUAAAGAAAAGGGAAAGUAGUUUUAUUUGUGCAGUGAAUACAUCAUCAGAUAUUUCAUUUUCACACCUAUUAGAAAAAUAUUUUGAUUCAUCAUGUUUUAUUGAAAUAACAAAUUAUAUUAGCUGCUCACAUAUCAAAUCACAAAUUGAAAUAUUAAACAUCCAUCCCUCUCUUAUGGAUUUUAAUAUGUUCAAUAUUUUCCCAUAAUUUUCUGCAUUUAUUAAAACCAAAGAGAGGGCCAUGUCAAGCACUUUGGUCCGCAUGCAAUUAUAAAAAUAUAAGAGACUAUGUGGGCAAAUUGACAAAUCGAGCUAUAUAUUUUCUUACCAUUGACUGUGAGUGAUGAGGACUUUUACUGAUUCCAUUUUCAAAAUGUUAUAUUCUGGAAUUCCGUCCAAAGACAACCACCUUGAUUUUGAUUAAUUGAUAUUCAUAUAUAACAUUUCUAUUAUGUAUAUAUUUAUUGUACAAAUUAAAUAAAGAUUAACUUAAUCCUA